AUGCCGGGGCUUCAGUCGUGGCCUUGCUCGCUUUUCCUCCUCUUAGUUCUGCUCUCUGCCAGCGUUCAGACUGUGUCCCUACCAGGACAGAGGCUACAGAUGCUCCUUUCCCAGUUGCUGCCCCUGAAGCCUGAGUCCACGCUGGCUGAAGAGGACACGAAGGAGGGGUCCAGCUUUGGCCCCCCGUUGCUCUCCUCCACCCUCCCCUUCCUCCCAUCUGGGGCAAGAGCUGCCCGUCCCUCUCUCUGGCGCAAGACCCUCGCCAGCCGCAAGUGGGCACUGCCUGGGGAUUGGGCGUGGAAGGCCGUGCCCGGGGGCUGCUUUGGGCUGAAACUGGACCGGAUCGGGACCUUCAGUGGUUUGGGGUGUUAGCUUUGGAGGGGCCCCAAGGUGAGAGGGCCAGCAGGGAGGGCUCCAACAAGCGGGCAGGGGAAAAGUAAGGGGAGACCUGAGAGCGCGGAUGGCGUGGAGGACCCGGGGGGGGGGGGGGGGGGGAUGCAGCGGCGCGGGCUGUGGGGUCACCGGCUGCCCGCAGCCGGGGCAAAGGCUGGGACGCGGGACCACCCGUGCGACCGUGGGCCCGG